AGACAAGAUACGUCAGGUGAAAUAUGGUGAACGCUUGGUUCAUUGUCGUUAUCAACAUCCCACAAAGGGGGAUUGCUGGGGAAUUUUUGAUGAAAUUUUAACACUGUCAAGAUAUUAUAUAUAUGUAAGUUUUGUGUAUUUCUGUGAACACAAAAUUCAAGAAGCAUUAAUAAUUGAAUCAGGAUAAAUCCAUUCAAGAACUCUCAAACGCAGACUUAUUGGAAUACUGUAAGUCCUAGAUCCAGAUGUAAAAAAAACAAAAAACACAAGGAACUAAAAACCACCUCAUCGCCGAAUUAAAAUCAACUCUGAAACUUUGUACUAAGGGCUGCACAAUACUUGGAUGAAAUAGUUACAUAAAAUUUUGAAUAAAAAGCUACCCAAAAGAUGGAAUUAAAAGCUACCCAAAAGUUGGAAUCAAAAGCUACAUAUAAGUUGGAAUCAAAAGCUACCCAAAAAUUGAAAUCAAAAGCUACCCAAAAGUUGAAAUCAAAAGCUACACAGAAAUUGGAAUUAAAAGCUACCCAAAUCACAGAAUUCUGAACAUGGAAUUGAAACCAAUCCCUCUUUAAAAAUUUUAUAACCCCAUCUCAAUUUUUUUUUCAACACUGCCCCCAUCACUUUCACCUGAAUACAUCACUGCCUCCAUCACUUUCACCUGAAUACAUCACAGAAGGCAAAAUUAAAGUAUUCUAAGUUAAUAUAAGAUAACAUGUACAAAUUAAAAUUAUAAUUAAUUUUAAGUAUUGUAUAACUAUCAGGUGUUUUCUAUGGUCAUCCAAACCUUUGCAUUCGUCUUUGAGUUCACUAUUCUUAUAAUAUCAUGUGGUAUCAAUAGAACUUUGACAUAACUAAGUCUUUAAGUUUACUAUUCUUUCCCCAUUACCAAUAGUAUAUGGUGUCAAUAGAACUUUGACAGGACAUAAUAAAGUUGUGAGUUUUGGCUCGGUGAAAUGUCAUCUGAUGAUUAACAUGAUCUGGUGGCACACUUUUCUGGUGGAACCCUUUUCUGGUGGCACACUUUUCUGGUGGCACACUUUUCUGGUGGCACACUUUUCUGGUGGCACACUUUUCUGGUGGAACCCUUUUCUGGUGGCACACUUUUCUGGUGGAACACUUUUCUGGUGGCACACUUUUCUGGUGGCACACUUUUCUGGUGGAACCCUUUUCUGGUGGCACACUUUUCUGGUGGAACCCUUUUCUGGUGGAACCCUUUUCUGGUGGCACACUUUUCUGGUGGAACCCUUUUCUGGUGGCACACUUUUCUGGUGGAACCCUUUUCUUGUUGCACACUUUUCUGGUGGAACCCUUUUCUGGUGGAACCCUUUUCUGGUGGAACCCUUUUCUGGUGGCACACUUUUUUUGUGGAACCCUUUUCUGGUGGCCUACUUUUCUGGUGGAACCCUUUUCUGGUGGCACACUUUUCUGGUUGCACACUUUUCUGGUGGAACCCUUUUCUGGUGGCACACUUUUCUGGUGGCACACUUUUCUGGUGGAACACUUUUCUGGUGGCACACUUUUCUGGUGGAACACUUUUCUGGUGGCACACUUUUCUGGUGGAACACUUUUCUGGUGGUAAUAAGAGUGAGAGACUGCAAUCAGGUUAGAAAAAUGGACAUGAGUGGAACAAAGUAUGGGAAUGUGGAUCACAUUCCUCUUGUCGACUUCUCGGAUAGUACAUUACAGACAUGUUUUGUUUUUAUUUAAUUCUCUUUUUAAUGUGGUUUGUUCGCCGGUGAAGGCUUCUUGUCGACACGUUCGUUGUUUUGUUGCGUUCUUUGUUUUUCAGUUUACCCAAACUUUGUUUCACUCAUUUCCUUCUCUGAUGACAUGGUGUGUUCCGCAUCUACACCGUCCAGCAGUGACACCAUUGUGUGUACCAUCCGCAUGUCAUCACGAACUCCUUUUAGUUUAUGUUUUUUUCCCAAGUUAAUAAAAUUUGGUUGACAGUUUGCAGUAAUUAGUGAGAAAUGCUGAUAGUCUGGAGUGAUUCUAUUGUAAGAAAGUGAACACUCUCUAUUCUCAGAACGAGGUUAAUGUUACUUUCCUUUUCUCAUGUCUUAUUUGGACGUCUACUACAACUUUUUGCCAGACGGGGAAUUUCACGAAGAGUGAGUAUAUCAAAGUUGUUUUAUAAUUACCCCUAUGAUGUCGUGAUGUUUAGACUAGAUAGAUGUAACGACAGACAGACAUAUGGACAGACGGGUGGACAGACGGAAUGGGUGAGCAGAAGUUAAGAUAGUGAGUGAGGUUUUUGAAAUGGAUUAUACUGAAGUAGAUAUAGUUUUAUCAUCCAUCCAUCCAUGUGGCACUACAGCCCAUGUAGGGCUUUGGCCUGCCUAAAAAUAUAAUUUUAUCAUCCAUCCAUCCAUCCCUGUGGCACUACAUCCAUUGUAGGGCUUUGGCCUGCCUAAAAAUAUAAUUUUAUCAUCCAUCCAUCACUGUGGCACUACAGUCCAUGUAGGAAUUUGGCCUGCCUCAAAAUAUAGCUAUAUGAAAAUUAAAAUAUCGACAGAUUUACAAAUAAUUUUUUUCUUUAAAAUUAUCUUUACAUUCAGUUGAAACAUCAGAUCAUUAGAUGCUAUUUACCAUGUGUAGCUUAUAUAAGUCAUCUAAUUUGUUUAAUUGAUAAAUCAGCUUGGUAGUAAACGUCAUCCUCUCUAUCCGCCAUUGUUGCCAGCGGAAUGUGUUUUAUUGACAUAACACAUUUGAAAUAGAGAAAUGUCCACACGUUUUAAUUUGUAUAUUUUUCAGCUUAUAUGAAAAAUGGCUCAGGCGUCGCCUAGAUUAUGCUUCCAUUCGAAAGACUGGCCAUCACAUCGCGCCUGGACUCGUCCAUACAUUACUCCACAACGGCAACUGUCACAACGCCGUGGCCAGGUAACACACAAAUCUUCUGAGUUUCGUCUGAAUUAUUUAUUUUGUACAAAUAUUAAUUCUGUAAAAAAAAAUAGGCAGAUCACCAAUGAGUACACGACGAUAGAACUAAAUAACUUAGCACUUUCCUUUGUGAGGUUGAAUUCGUUGUAUAUUUAGAAAAACCGUGGGGAUAAAACAACGCAGCCCGCCCCCACACCCACACAUUUCCCAAAAACUAUUUGUGGCGUAAACUAUAUGGUCGCGAGGGUCAAUACGUAAGUCAAUAGCCACAAGUGACCAUCUGAUAAAAUGUGUGGACAUCGGAAGCUUUCCUUUUCAAUAAUAGGUUUUUAGGGAGUAGGUUUUUAGAAAUCGAAUCUGACUGUAGCACUGUUUCAAUUGAAUCUGACUGUAGCACUGUUUCAAUUGAAUCUGACUGUAGCACUGUUUCAAUUGAAUCUGACUGUAGCACUGUUUCAAUUGAAUCUGACUGUAGCACUGUUUCAAUUGAAUCUGACUGUAGCACUGUUUCAAUUGAAUCUGACUGUAGCACUGUUUCAAUUGAAUCUGACUGUAGCACUGUUUCAAUUGAAUCUGACUGUAGCACUGUUUCAAUUGAAUCUGACUGUAGCACUGUUUCAAUUGAAUCUGACUGUAGCACUGUUUCAAUUGAAUCUGACGUCACAAUGAAGGUUCCCACCUUAUCUUAUAUUAAUCCGUUUCAAUUUUCGCCAUAAAAUGUGUUUCAAUAAAUUGAAUAACGCAUCUAUUUAAAAUAGUGGGGGGGGAGGGGGGGCACAGGGUGAGUGGAAAUAUUCAAGGAAUGAUUGGAUAGUGCUUACAAAAUUUGUUUCCUGCCUGCUCUUCCGUGCGUCAGUCGCAAAGAGAGUCCGAUGCAUUGAUGGCGUCAUUUACAGGCAAAUUUUCAAACCCGGAGAGGAGUUCCGUAGGCGGAUAGCAUUGGCAUGAUGAAACAUUCCGACGUCACUGGUGCCAGGUUGUACCAGCCACAUGAUGUACCCUUGAAUUACACAGCGGCAUGGAGAGACGCGAUUUCAUGUGUAGGGAAUCAGCUUAUAAUUCCUAAAAGGAAUCAUCCCUGGCCUUGUGGAUUUCGCUCUGCGUCACAUAGUCACGGGCGGAUGCCAAAAAAAAAAUCUUUGCAUUGCCUAUAUGGUAAAUGUUCAACUACCCCCACCCCCACCCCAGUGAUUAUGACCUUUAUGGUUAGAACAUUGAGAUAAAACCUUUAUAGUUAGAACUUUAAGAUAAAACCGUUAUGGUUGAACCAUUGAGAUAAAACCUUUAUAGUUAGAACUUUAAGAUAAAACCUUUAUUGUUAGAACAUUGAGAUAAAACCUUUAUAGUUAGAACUUUAAUAUAAAACCUUUAUAGUUAGAACUUUAAGAUAAAACCUUUAUGGUUAGAACAUUGAGAUAAAACCUUUAUAGUUAGAACUUUAAGAUAAAACCUUUAUGGUUAGAACAUUAAGAUAAAACCUUUAUGGUUAGAACAUUAAGAUAAAACCUUUACAGUUAGAACAUUGAGAUAAAACCUUUAUAGUUAGAACAUUAAGAUAAAACCUUUAUGGUUAGAACAUUAAGAUAAAACCUUUAUAGUUAGAACAUUGAGAUAAAACCUUUACAGUUAGAACAUUGAGAUAAAACCUUUAUAGUUAGAACUUUAAGAUAAAACCUUUAUGGUUAGAACAUUAAGAUAAAACCAUUAUGGUUAGAACAUUAAGAUAAAACCUUUAUGGUUAGAACAUUAAGUAAAACCUUUAUGGUUAGAACAUUAAGAUAAAACCUUUACAGUUAGAACAUUGAGAUAAAACCUUUAUAGUUAGAACUUUAAGAUAAAACCUUUAUCGUUAGAACAUUAAGAUAAAACCUUUACAGUUAGAACAUUGAGAUAAAACCUUUACAGUUAGAACAUUGAGAUAAAGCCUUUAUGGUUAGAACAUUAAGAUAAAACCUUUAUAGUUAGAACAUUAAGAUAAAACCUUUACAGUUAGAACAUUGAGAUAAAACCUUUAUGGUUAGAACAUUAAGAUAAAACCUUUAUGGUUAGAACAUUAAGAUAAACCGUUUAUAGUUAGAACUUUAAGAUAAAACCUUUAUGGUUAGAACAUUAAGAUAAAACCUUUACAGUUAGAACAUUGAGAUAAAACCUUUACAGUUAGAACAUUGAGAUAAAACCUUUAUAGUUAGAACAUUAAGAUAAAACCUUUAUAGUUAGAACUUUAAGAUAAAACCUUUACAGUUAGAACAUUGAGAUAAAACCUUUAUAGUUAGAACAUUAAGAUAAACCCUUUAUGGUUAGAACAUUAAGAUAAAACCUUUAUGGCUAGAACAUUGAUGUGUAUGUAAUAUGUAAGUAUAGAUUUCACAGGGAUCCUUAUUUUAUUUCCGUCCGAUCCUGAGCGGUAGGCAGGGGGACAUUGGGGUUGGUGUCACCUGGUGUGGUUCGCAUCCCCUUCUAGCCUAGUGACGCCACUGAGGUAGAACUCAUACGACGACUUAGAGCUCAGGCAAAUGUUUCUACUCUCAGAACAUGAUGGCUGCUUAGUGUUGCUAUGCAACAAAAACAUGUUGGAUGUAGCUUCCUCAUUUCCAGGAAAACAAAUCUGCACAUUAAAGUGCAAGUAUCACAACCUACUUCCGGCAAUAGCAAUGACGAUCACUUCAGUUUUUCACUAGUUUCUAUUUCUUGUCAUAUUUUCAUUUUUCCUGUCUGCUGAAGAAGGCUCUUAGCUGAAACGUUCUUAUCUUAUUGUCCUGUCUUUCGAUCCAAGCUUCCACAUACCUUGUUCUACUAUUUCCUUCACACGGCUAGAACGUAGUCCUUCAUUGAUGAUCACAACUUGACCACUUAAUAGCCCUGUAGAUGUACAUACAAGUGGCGGCACGCACGAUGAUACGGUGCAAACAUAUACAUAAAGACACAGACGCACUCACACGCAUACAUAUUGUCACGAAUGACUGGGGCGUGGGUCAAGGACAGAGCUGCAUUGUUGUUUAGGUAACUUAUAGGAUGAACGGAAAUUGCUGUUAUUUUAGGGAGGGCAUUGUUAAGGGGGUGAUGUUAAGGUCAAUAGAUUCUCACAUCUUUGACGUAGAGGGGAUCAUUUCUUUCCAUAAUAUUAUGUUUCGGGCUUUCCAGACUUCGCAUGGUAAUUUUGGGGUUAAUGACAUAAAAUUUUAAUUGACCGGAUAUUAGGGGCAUGGUUUAAUAGAGAGAAUUCCUGGGCCACCUAUGAAGAGGUAGAGAAUGGUAUGUAAGACAGAGCUCUUCAUGACAUGAGGAGUAGAGAGAAAAGAGUUGAUAGGGGAAAAGUUGCAAGAGAUCAGGAGACGAGUUGGCUGGUAGAACAUAGGAAUAGAUUAGACCAGGCCUGCACAACAUACGGCCCGUGUGCCACAUACGGCCCGCCAGCAUCCACUUUGCGGCCCGCGAAGUAACAAAAUAUUCUCUAUUCUUAUUAUUUUCUUAAAAGCUUUCCCCACUGUCCUAUUCUCUUUUGGCUCGCACAAGUCCUGUCCUAUUUUCUUUUGGCCCGCACAAGUCCUGUCCUAUUUUCUUUUGGCUCGCACAAGUCCUGUCCUAUUUUCUUUUGGCCCGCACAAGUCCUGUCCUAUUUUCUUUUGGCCCGCACAUGUUUUUCAUAGAGUAUUACGGCCCGCCUUAGAUUUUGAGUUGUGCAGGCCUGGAUUAGACGAUAUAGUUGAACAAUCUUGGCUAUAGAGAUACAUAUAUAGUUGACAAUUAGUGGUACCAACACAAGAACUUUUUUUUAAUCUUAGUAAUUAACAUAUUAGUUUCAUCCUCUAUACACCUGGAGUUGGAGUUGUUUAGUUUUCAUGUAAGUCUACGUUGUGCUUUGUCUGUCCCAACGCCUAGAUGCCCAAAAUAUAAAUCACAGAGAGGAGCGGUCCUGUGCUGACCACCACAAACUCAAUACAGUUCGUGAUAAGUCAGGACCGGAGCCCUCCUCCACAACAACCGUUCUGUGACACACACAUACAUAUGCAUCUUUUGGUACAUCAUUGUGUAUCUUGAAAAUGAAUAACAUAUCCAUCAUUAAAUAAUUGUGUUAUCUUUAUAUGCAUAGCAUAUACAUAAUAUGUAACUAGUAACUAUUUCCGUCAAUAUAUGCAAACAUAUACAUCUAUAGAAGCAUAUGUAGGCCUACUUAUGCCAGUAUGAUUAUAAUGUACAAAUAGCUAUUGCUUGUUAUUAAAAGAGAGUGAACUCUAGAUGGGAGACAACUAACUUUGUUGGGGUUUACUUUCAGUGAGCUCCGCGAGGAAAUGUGGACCAGGCACAAGUAUCCCCACUCAAAGUUCUUUACGCACGGAAUCGCUCGUUACGAAUGCCCGGAAGUGGUCAGAGAAAUUCUUGACCUCAGAUUCGCCCAGGCCCCUGCAGGCAGGCUGAGGUUAGUCGAUGUUUUUUUUUUAGUGUAUGAUAAUUCACGAGGUGUGUCUGUCCUAUUGAUUAGCAGUCACAUUUUUUCGUGAGGUGUCUAUCUGCUUGAUGAGAAGAAGCGUCAUUCGUGGGGCGUGUCUGUCUUAUAUGUGAGAAGAAGCGUGCUUCGUGGGGCGUGUCUGUCAUAUAUGUGAGAAGAAGCGUCAUUCGUGUGGCAUGUCUGUCUGCUUGUUUAGAAAAAGCGUCAUUCGUGGGGUGUUUCUGUCUGCUUGGUGAGAAGAAGCGUCAUUCGUGGGGCGUGUCUGUCUGCUUGUUUAGAAGAAGCGUCUUUCGUGUGGUGUGUCUGUCUGCUUGUUUAGCAGAAGCGUUAUUCGUGGGGCGUAUCUGUCUGCUUGCUUAGAAGAAGCAUUAUUCGUGGGGCGUGUCUGUCUGUUUGUUUAGAAGAAGCGUCUUUCGUUGGGUGUGUCUGUCUGCUUGUUUAGAAGAAGCGUCAUUCGUGGGGCGCGUCUGUCUGCUUAGUUAGAAGAAGCGUUAUUCGUGGGGUGUGUCUGUCUGCUUGUUUAGAAGAAGCUUCAUUCGUGGGGCGUGUCUGUCUGCGUGGUGAGAAGAAGCGUCAUUCGUGUGGCGAGUCUGUCUGUUUGUUUAGAAGAAGCUUCAUUCGUGGGGCGUGUCUGUCUGCGUGGUGAGAAGAAGCGUCUUUCAUGGGGCGAGUCUGUCUGUUUUUUUAGAAGAAGAGUCAUUCGUGGGGCGUGUCUGUCUGUUUGUUUACAAGAAGCUUCAUUCGUGGGGCGUGUCUGUCUUUUUGUUUAGAAGAAGAGUCAUUCGUGGGGCGUGUCUGUCUUUUUGUUUAGAAGAAGGGUCAUUCGUGGGGCGUGUCUGUCAGCGUGGUGAGAAGAAGCGUCAUUCGUGGGGCGUUUCUGCCUGCUUGGUGAGAAGAAGCGUCAUUCGUGGGGCGUGUCUGUCUGCUUCUUUAGAAGAAGCGUCUUUCGUGGGGUGCAUCUGUCUGCUUGUUUAGAAGAAGAGUCAUUCGUGGGGCGUGUCUGUCUGUUUCCUUGCUGAGAAGAAGCGUCAUUCGUGGGGUGUGUCUGUCUGUGUGGUGAGAAGAAGAGUCAUUCGUGGGGCGUGUCUGUCUGUUUGUUUAGAAGAAGAGUCAGUCGUGGGGCGUGUAUGUCUGUUUGUUUAGAAGGAGCUUCAUUCGGGGGGCGUGUCUGUCUUUUUGUUUAGAAGAAGAGUCAUUCGUGGGGCGUGUCUGUCUGUGUGGUGAGAAGAAGAGUCAUUCGUGGGGCGUUCGGUCUGGUGGUUUGGAAGAAGAGUCAUUGGGGGGGGGUGCUUGUCUUUUGUUGAGAAGAAGAGUCAUUCGUGGGGCGUGUCUGUCUGCGUGGUGAGAUCUGUCUUUUUGUUUAGAAGAGGAAUCAUUCGUGGGGCGUGUCUGUCUGUUUGGUGAGAAGAAGAGUCAUUCGUGGGGCGUUCUGUCUGUUUGUUUAGAAGAAGAGUCAUUCGUGGGGCGUGUCUGUCUUUUUUUUAGAAGAAGAGUCAUUCGUGGGGCGUGUCCGUCUGCGUGGUGAGAAGAAGCGUCAUUCGUGGGGCGUGUCUAUCUGCGUGGUGAGAAGAAGCGUCUUUCGUGGAGCGUGUCUGUCUGCGUGGUGAGAAGAAGCGUCAUUCGUGGGGCGUGUCUGUCUGUGUGGUGAGAAGAAGAGUCAUCAGUUGGGCGAGUCUGUCUGUUUGUUUAGAAGAAGCGUCAUUCGUGGGGCGUGUCUGUCAAGUUGCCUCUAAAAGACGCCCUCUGAGUAAAACAAGAGUAGAUGCUCGACCGUAGUUUUGAAGCACGCCUCCGCAGCUCUUGACAGAUUUGUUGUCCAUAAUAAUCACGUCUCUAGUUCUUUACUUGUGAUAGAAACACAUUCUACGUGAUGCUGUGGUCACUUCUUGCCUACAAAACAUGGUCAUCUCAUCACAACAUGGUCAUCCCAUCACAACAUGAUAAUCUCAUCAGAACAUGGUUAUCUCAUCAUGACAUGGUCAUCUGAUCACAACAUGGUCAACUCAUCACAACCUGUUCAUCUCAGCACAACAUGGACAUCUCAUCACAACAUGGACAAAUCAUCACAACAUGGACAUCUCAUCACAACAUAGUCUUCUCAUCACAAGAUUUCAUCAUAACAUGGACAUCUCAUUAUAACAUGGACAUCUCAUCAUAACAUGACAUCUCAUCAUAACAUGGAAAUUGCAUCAUAACAUACAGACAUUACAUCAUAACAUAUAGACAUUUCUUCAUAACUUCAUAUCAUAGACAUCUCAUCAAAACACGGCCGUCUCAUCAUUUUAUGGACCGUUUAGCAUCAUGUUGCUGUGAACUCGAAAGUCAAUAAAUGUUGAACUUGUAUGCUAACGAUAUGAGAAGGGAGGAAAAGGAUGGGAAAUCCCUUCAUACAAUACAACAAAAUAGCCUAAAACUAACCCUAUCAACCAACCCUACCAGCCAACCCUACCAGCCAACCUUACAAGCCAACGCCCACCAGCCAACGUAACAAGUCAUCCCAACAAGACAACCCUAAAAGAUAACUCUACCAGACAACCCUAACAGACAACCCUAACAGUCGACCCUAACAGUCGACCAUACCGGAGAACCCUACCGGGUCAGCCAUACAAGUCCACCCUACAAGACACUCCAACCUUACAAGGUCCCAACAAGACAACCUUAAAAGGCAACCCCGCCAGACAACACUACAACCCAAAUUAACUUAAAACAAAAAAACCCUGCCAGCCAGCGCCCACAAGCCAACACUUCUAAACAACCCAACUCUACAAGACAACCUUACCAGCUAACCAACACAACCCGGCAAGCCUACGAGUACAAGACAACCUUACAAGACAACCUUACUAGCUAACCCUACCAGCCAGCGCCCACAACCCAACACUUCUAAGUACAAGAGACAACCUUACUGGCUAACCCUGCCAGCCAGCGCCCACAGCCCUAUACUUCUAAACAACCCAACCCUACAAGACAACCUUACCAGCUAACCCUACCAGCCAACACAACCCGGCAAGCCUACGAGUACAAGACAACCGUACAAGACAACCUUACUUACUAGCCAACACUACAAGACAACCUGACUUACUAGUCAACCCUACCAGCCAACACAACCCAGCAAGCCUACAAGUACAACACAACCCUACAAGACAACCUUACUAGCUAACCCUACCAGCCAACACAACCCGGCAAGCCUACGAGUACAAGACAACCCUAAAAGACCAACUGAAAGACUGUAGCUGCUGUGGUCGGCGAACUUCAAAGCCAUCAUCACGCGUGUGUACUUCAACGUUGAAAAAUGAGAAAGGGAGAGGGAGGAUAACAACUUAAACUAAUUACAUUGACUACUCCAAUAUCCGUGGGUGUAAUGAAAGGUCUUGAAAAUGGGGUAGAAAUCAAUGGCUGGUAUCUAGGUCUCUGGGCCACGUUCAACUACGGUCAAGACAGACAUGCCUAAGUUACGGAAGUAAACAUCUUAUUUACAGCCGGGACUUCUUUGAAUACAAACGUGUAACCCAUACGUCAACUUUGCCAGUGCACAUUGCCGUAUGGUCAUCAUCAUAUUCGAAAUUACAGUUGUUGCUAGGUGGGCUAACAUUUCCCAUUCUUAAACAAGGGAUUUAUCUUCACGCUCAAAUUACGACAAUGAUAAGUGUUUUGCCAGUGCAUACCUGUGGUCUCCUGUCGAGCGGCGACCACGCUGUGAAUAAUUAAUAACACGGUAUGAUAGUGAUUAGUUAAACAAAAAAUGUUUAACUUUGGUUCGGACUGCCGUGUCACACUUUGGUCCAUUGUGACACUUUGGUCCGGUGUUCCAUGUGACACUUUGGUCAGGUGUGACACUUUGUUCAGGUGUGACACUUUGGUCCGGUCUGCCGUGUCACACUUUGGUCCAGUGUGACACUUUGGUCCGGUGUUCCAUGUGACACUUUGGUCCGGUGUUCCAUGUGACACUUUGGUCAGGUGUGACACUUUGGUCCGGUGUUCCAUGUGACACUUUGGUCCGGUGUUCCAUGUGACACUUUGGUCAGGUGUGACACUUUGUUCAGGUGUGACACUUUGGUCCGGUCUGCCGUGUCACACUUUGGUCUAGUGUGACACUUUGGUCCGGUGUUCCAUGUGACACUUUGGUCAGGUGUUCCAUGUGACACUUUGGUCAGGUGUGACACUUUGGUCCGGUCUGCCGUGUGACACUUUGGUCCGGUCUGCCGUGGGACACUUUGGUCCGGUGUUCCAUGUGACACUUUGGUCAGGUGUGACACUUUGGUCCGGUCUGCCGUGGGACACUUUUGUCCGGUGUGACACUUUGACAUGGUCUGCCGUGGGACACUUUGGUCCGGUGUGACACUUUGGUCCGGUGUGACACUUUGACAUGGUCUGCCGUGGGACACUUUGGUCCGGUGUGACACUUUGGUCCUGUGUGACACUUUGGUCCGGUGUGACACUUGGGUCAGGUGUGACACUUUGGUCCGGUGUGACACUUUGGUCCGGUGUGACACUUUGGUCCGGUGUGACACUUUGGUCCGGUGUGACACUUUGGUCCGGUGUGACACUUUGGUCCGGUGUGACACUUUGGUCCGGUGUGACUUUUUGGAUACUUGCAUUGUGAUUUGUUGUUUAAAAAUUCAUUUCUAUGCUUUGUUUUUAUGCUGGUUUGAGUUUGAGUGAAAAAUCUUACCCAAAAAAAAAAAACAUAUUUGACUACAUCAACGUGACAAAUUUUGAAAAUGUUUGCAUUUUUAGAUAUUUUGAGCAUACGCAGUCGCGUCACUAGGGGUACGAGGUGUGGACUAUACUAAAUAGUAUAACAAAAUUAUACGUUCAAAAAAGAAAAUUGAAGCAAAAAUUUUAACGAAAAAACUAAAAAGAAGAUUCGACCAAAUUUCCGUUCCAUCAAAUUACCGUCGAUCAAUUAACCGUCGAGGAAAUUUCUUUCGAUCAAAUUUCCGGACACGUGCCCGAUCUAGUAUUGCAAGAAUCUAAAAAGUUCGCUAAAAAAAAAAAAAAGCAAUUAUUAUAAUUUUAUUUAUGUCUAUUGAGCUGUCAUUACCCCAAGAUUUCCAUUUUACUCCAUUUGGGGUAAUAUACCCUAGCUAAUUCGCCGACCACUGUGUAACCUGAUACUAGAUCUAUGUCACUGGUAAAAAAACAAAAAAACAAAACAUGUUAUUUUUCCCCGUCAACUGGUGUAACCUGAUACUAGAAAUGUCGUGUCACUGAAAAAAAAACAUGUAAUUGAACAGGACUGAUUUACUGGCAUAAUAUUCUAAGUUGGACCACAUAAAAAAUCUGGAAGCCCCAAUUACCGUAAAUUCUCUUGUAAACGAAAUGCCACUGUUGUUUAAACAAGGAACGUUUUUGGUGUUUAAAAAUACACGGUCAUCUGGUCGUCUAUGACAGUUUAGGCGAGAUUUAAAUCAAGUUGACGGCACGGGUUCAAUUCUAGUUCAGAUGAAGCUAACGCCAGCAAAGAAGAUAACAAAUGCACAGGUUGGAACAAAUCUGUUUUUCUCAUACCACGCCAUAGAAACAAAUCUGCUCUUCACAUAUCACGAACUAGGGAUGACAAUCUCAUCUCACAGAAUAGAUAGAAAACAUAAAUGUUGACUGACUGUGCCCAUGAAAUUGAAAAUGAAUUUUAUCAUGUCUUUAACCAAGACUGUCUGUCUUUAUCCAAGACUGUCUGUCUUUAUCCAAGACUGUCUGUCUUUAUCCAAGACUGCCUGUCUUUAUCCAUGACUCUAUCUAAGACUAUGUCUGUCUUUGUCACUGGUAGAGAAGCUCACAUGCGAGCUAUGGGAUUUCUUUGUUGGGGGGGGGGGGGGGUGGAAGAGAGAAGGUGGUUCAGAGGGUGUUAACCCUCAAAAUCUACUCUUUAAUUGUAUUCCUAGAUAAAGAGUUAAGUCCCUUUAACCGUGAUUUUUUUAAAAAUUCGAUUUUUAUAAAGUAAAAUUGUUUGUUGGGGGGGGGGGGGGAGGUGGAAGAGAGAAGGUGGUUCAGAGGGUGUUAACCCUCAAAAUCUACUCUUUAAUUGUAUUCCUAGAUAAAGAGUUAAGUCCCUUUAACCGUGAUUUUUGUAAACAUUCGAUUUUUAUAAAGUAAAAAAAGUACAAAUCUAGCCACCAAAGACACACUUUCUCCCUUGUAUUGACAGACAAAAUCUAACCACCAAUGACACACUAUCUCCCUUGUAUUGACAGACAAGAUCUAGCCACCAAUGACACACUUUCUCCCUUGUAUAGACAGACAAAAUCUAACCACCAAUGACACACUUUCUCCCUUGUAUUGAGAGACAAAAUCUAACCACCAAUGACACACUUUCUCCCUUGUAUUGACAGACAAAAUCUAACCACCAAUGACACACUAUCUCCCUUAUAUUGACAGACAAGAUCUAGCCACCAAUGACACACUUUCUCCCUUGUAUUGACAGACAAAAUCUAACCACCAAUGGCGCAUUUUCUCCCUUGUAUGGACAGACAAGAUCUUGCUACCAAAGGCACACUUUCUCACUUGUAUUGACAGACAAGAUCUUGCCACCAAAGGCACACUUUCUCCCUUGUAUUGACAGACAAGAUCUAGCCACCAAUGACACACUUUCUCCCUUGUAUUGACAGACAAGAUAUUGCCACCAAAGGCACACUUUCUCCCUUGUAUUGACAGACAAGAUCUUGCUACCAAAGGCGCACUUUCUCCCUUGUAUUGACAGAUAAGAUCUUGCCACCAAAGGCACACUUUCUCGGUUGUAUUGACAGACAAGAUCUAGCCACCAAAGACACACUUUCUCACUUGUAUUGACAGACAAGAUCUAGCCACCAAUGACACACUUUCUCCCUUGUAUUGACAGACAAGAUCUUGCCACCAAAGGUGCACUUUCUCCCUUGUAUUGACAGACAAGAUCUUGCCACCAAAGGCACACUUUCUCCCUUGUAUUGACAGACAAGAUCUAGCCACCAAAAGCGCACUUUCUCCCUUGUAUUGACAGACAAGAUCUUGCCACCAAAGGUACACUUUCUCCCUUGUAUUGGCAGACAAGAUCUAGCCACCAAAGGUGCACUUUCUCCCUUGUAUUGACAGACAAGAUCUUGCCACCAAAGGCACACUUUCUCCCUUGUAUUGACAGACAAAAUCUAACCACCAAUGGCGCAUUUUCUCCCUUGUAUUGACAGACAAGAUCUUGCCACCAAAGGCACACUUUCUCCCUUGUAUUGGCAGACAAGAUCUAGCCACCAAAGGUGCACUUUCUCCCUUGUAUUGACAGACAAGAUCUUGCCACCAAAGGCACACUUUCUCCCUUAUAUUGACAGACAAGAUCUUGCUACCAAAGGCGCACUUUCUCCCUUGUAUUGACAGACAAGAUCUUGCUACCAAAGGCACACUUUCUCCCUUGUAUUGACAGACAAGAUCUAGCCACCAAAGACACACGUUCUCCCUUGUAUUGACAGACAAGAUCUUGCCACCAAAGACACGCCGGACACAUGCAGACUCUCAUUUCAAGAUCUCAGUUCAGUGUCCACCUGGAACUAUCCGCUCCUGCUGGCCAAAUGUCCGUACCCCCAUCAGCUGGAGACACCACUCACCUGGGCCAGGCUUCAUCAAGAACAGCUGCACUCUAGGAUGGAUGGGAAGGUCAGUAGGUGAGCCAUGGACUCAAAUUAGCCGGAUGAUUGGCUCAGGUAAGGGUGAUUUCGUCAGGUAAUUAGGAUUUGGUCAGGUAAUUAUGAUUUGAUCAGGUAAGUUUUAUUUGCUCAGAUGAUUGUUUUGGUAAAGAUGACUGACUAAUGUAAGAAUGAUUGGCUCAGGUAAGGAGGAUUAGGUCAGGUAAGUUCGUUGGAGGCUGUAAUCAGGCGCCUUGUCAGUUGAUUGUGUUGUUUUUUUUUGUGAUGAAACAGAGACUUAACAUCUCUACGCUAGUACUGUAGCAACACUUAGCUAGCACUGUAGAAACAAUUUGCUGCUGUGAUGACAAAAGAGACUUAACAUCCCUACGCUAGCACUGUAGCAACAAUUUGCUGCUGUGAUGACAACAGAGACUUAACAUCCCUACGCUAGCACUGUAGAAACAAUUUGCUGCUGUGAUGACAACAGAGACUUAACAUCCCUACGCUAGUACUGUAGCAACAAUUUGCUGCUGAGAUGACAACAGAGACUUAACAUCCCUACGCUAGCACUGUAGCAACAAUUUGCUGCCGUGAUGACAACAGAGACUUAACAUCCCUACCCUAGUACUGUAGCAACAAUUUGCAGCUGUGAUGACAACAGAGACUUAACAUCCCUACGCUAGCACUGUAGCAACAAUUUGCAGCUGCUAUUUCUGAAUUCAUAUUUUAUUCAUGAUGUUGGGUGAGUUAUUUGACCAGUACACAAAAGGAAAUCGAUUGGAUAAUACAAACAGUGGUGAUUUUAGAGUUAACUAACCAAAUUAUCAACUCAUAUAUAGGCCGACAUUUUUUUAAACAUUUCUGCAGCUGACACAUCCCAUUACUUUAUCUUGGUAUUGUAGAAUGACGUUCAAUUAUAUUUUAUACUGGCUGUGCGUAGCCGGACGUCACUUAAAAUGACCGUUCAUUAUAAUGUAUUUAUUUGAUUGACAGUUCUUUACGGUUGUAUUGUCCCUUAUUAAUUUUGUUUACACAGUUUACGUUGAUUGCAGAAAGGUUAAAUAUAUUUCCUUUAUUGUAUUUUACAUCAUACAUUUCAUUGCAGUUCUGCAUACAGCUUUCAGUUUCUUUGUCUAUGUCUAACGUCUUAGCCUACGUCUAAGUAUUGUUUAAGUCUAUGUUGAGUAUAGGUCGAACUCUAUGUUGAAGUCUAUGGCUAAGUCUAUGCUUAAGUCUAUGUUUAAGUCUAUGUCAAUGUCGAAGUCUAUGUCUUAGUCCAAGUCUAAGGCCUUGAAAUACCAACUGAAUCAUCCUGACAUUAGCAUUGUUACUACUAUUGUAGUAGUUGAGAGUUUCUUUGGAAAUUGAGAUGUUUUCAUGAGGGUCAUCUCUUAGGGUCAUAUGCUAUAAGUUCAUAUAGGUAUAUAACUAGAUGUAUGAGUUUGAGACAUUUUUGUUAGUCUUAAAUUAAGUCCCUCUCAUGAAAGUGUUGUACAAAUGUCACAGACUGACAAAUCGUCUAUGCUGUUUUUGGGACACCAUCUUUUGAAUACGUGAGACUGACAAAGAGAAUCACUAAAUGCAUGCCCGGGAAACACCGGGAAUUUCAGCUAGUGUAUUAUACAAAAACGGUAUUGAUGUUCACGCUUGAAUAAAUUCAUUUCUGUCUCCUCCAUGUUUGAUGGUCUAGGACCCAGCCAGGGUGAAUCAACCCGUCUUCCCCUACUGCUGUAGAGGUCAGGAUUACGUCUGCAGCUCAGUCUACUGUAGGUCACCAUUACCAGAGGCGGUGUACAACCCAGGGCCGCUCAGUAAAGGGGACGCACUCAUUAAAUGGCACCUGGAUGUUUACAGGGGGAAAUAACCAACGAACAGACGCUUUUUAAUAUGAUAGCCAUAGAGCGAAUGAGUGAGUUCCCCUUUGGUGCAGUGCAAUAAAUAAUAAAUAUAGUUUCUGAACCACAUCCAUAUAAUUUCUGAACCACAUCCACAUAGUUUCUGAACCACAUCCAUAUAAUUUCUGAACCACAUCCAUAUAGUUUCUGAACCACAUCCAUAUAGUUUCUGAACCACAUCCAUAUAGUUUCUGAACCACAUCCAU